AUGUGGAGCAGAUCAGAUCAGUCUUGCCCCGAUGCCUGUAACAUACCUUUCACAUCGAUUAACCAGGAUAAUGGUUAUAAUUGUAUCGACGUUGGAUCAAUAUUAGGACCAGGAGCCUUUAUAUGUGAAUGUCCUGGUGAUCUAGCUCCAGGAGAACUAAAUGCUCCGUGCAGAAUAUGCAAUAAUGUAACAAAUAUAUGUGGUCCUAAUCCAGCGUUACAUAGAUGUACCGAGGGUGAUUUUGGCCCGCUUCCAACAGACAAGUUUGCCUGUUUUUGUCGUUCAUCUACAUCAGAUCGCUUCAUAUCCACCAUUCCCGAGCAGCGUUGCGGUUGA